AAGAUAAAAAGGUGCAUCAGUGUUGACAACGUGGUAGUGAUCAUACCUGCUGCUCAGAACUGUGUCUGUUUUAGGCAGGUGAAGUUGUAGGUGAUGUCGGUGGUGAAAUUCCGCUAUUGGCACGUGUGCAAAUCCAUCUCGCAUGCUCUCGCGCACUACAGACAGAGCAGUGUUGUCUCGAGCUCGCCGUGAGCGGACUGUUACCGAGGCUCCUGACGGCGGAGGGAGGGACACGCAGUCCGGAUGCUCCUUCAUGAGGAGUAAAGCAAUACAUCAGCGACUCCAAUGCGGUGCCAAAUGUUUCUAAUUCGGUUUCUGCGUCCGUUUCCCGCAGGAUGCCGUUUGGUAAAAAAUGCGCAUAUGAAAUAAACGUGGGUGGGAUCCCUUCGGCGUUGGCCACUGGAUCUAUCACAGCGAAAGUAACGGUAAAACGCGGAUGUGCAUUCGGAGAAAGGCUGGAAAAUAGAUCUGUAUGCCGGAUGGAAGAUUUCUGAGGGAGAUUUCCGCGCCGGUGUGAAUAGACGCUCUGUCCUUGGCGUCUUUUUCCCGCCUUCUGAUUGGAUUGUAUCAACGUUUCUUCUCAGAUGGUCUUAUUUUUGUGUUCACCCACUUUAAACACGACGAUAUCGUACUGUUUUUACCUCUCUCAAUAGUGCCAUGUUUCUCUGAGGCGAUCCGACGUGAGGCGAAAAGUCUGACUGGUCCUCUUUCAGAAGUAAACCAUCAACAUUUCUGGAUUCUUCGACCAUUUUUCAUUCUUAGUGUGUUUUGGAAAGCAUUCACGUUUUGGAUUAAUUCUGCGCUAAACGGAAAGUCUGUUUGGGGAUUUCAAAAAAAAGAUCGUUUGAAUCGAGUCAGCCGUUGGAAUGAAAAACCGUUAAAGAUUUCGCGGCAAAUUUGGAUGCGUUUUCCUCGUCUGUAUUAAUACAUCUUUCGUUAUAUAUAUAUAUAUCACACAAUACAUUUAUCCCUGUGAGCAUAUUGGUACGAGACUCUGGACCCAGAGGAGGUGAUUUAGACAUCAUCUAUCUCAAGAUCCCGGACAUUUCUGUGCUGCUCUGAACUUGAGGCGUUUGGAUGCUCCAGGACGGAGGUGGCAUCACUCCAGUUACCCAGAAGCCCUUGAAAAGACGAGAGAUGCCCUUUUGAGAUGACUGACACUGGAACAAACUUCAUAUCUGGUUUAGGAAGCUGAUGAAUCAUGGAGAGGCUGGUGUUUUAUGUGCUGGUGUUCGGCGCGCUGGUGAAGGCUCAGCAUUGCCCGGGUCGCUGCAUCUGUCAGACCAUCUCGCCCACGCUCACGCUGCUCUGCGCCAAAACCGGACUGCUGUUCGUGCCGCCCACCAUCGACCGCAAGACCGUGGAGCUCCGGCUGACCGACAACUUCAUCACGGCCGUCCGCCGGAAAGACUUCUUGAACAUGACGAGCCUGGUGCACCUCACGCUGUCCCGCAACACCAUCAGCCAGAUCGCGCCGCACGCCUUCGUGGGCCUGAAGGCCCUGAGGGCGCUGCACAUGGACGGGAACCGGCUGACGGUCAUCAACAGCGACCAGCUGAAGGGGCUGAUCAACCUGAGGCACCUGAUCCUGGGCAAUAAUCAGAUUCACUACGUCGAACUGUCCUCCUUCGACGAGUUCGUCUCCACCAUCGAGGACCUGGAUUUGUCCUACAACAACCUGAGGACGUUACCGUGGGAAGCCAUCGCCCGGAUGACCAACAUCAACACCCUGACGCUCGACCACAACCUGAUCGACCACAUCGGCGCCGGGACCUUCACGCUCCUCACCAAGCUGGUGCGGCUGGACAUGACGUCCAAUCGUCUGCAGACGCUGCCGCCGGACACGCUGUUCCAGCACGCGCAGGUCCUGUCCGACCCCAAAGCGUCCAGCUCGUCUAAGCUGACCGUGAGUUUCGGAGGAAACCCGCUGCACUGUAACUGCGAGCUGCUGUGGUUGCGCCGGCUGACGAGGGAGGACGAUCUGGAGACCUGCGCUUCGCCUGAACACCUGAUGGACAAGUACUUCUGGUCCAUUCAGGAGGAGGAGUUCAUCUGCGAACCGCCGCUCAUCACCAAACACCAGGUCACCAAACCCUACGUGAUGGAGGGUCAGGGCGUGACUCUGAAGUGUAAGGCGAUGGGCGACCCCGAUCCCACCAUUCACUGGCGUUUUCCCGACGGCAAACUGGUGCACAACAACUCACGCACGAUCCUGUACGACAACGGCACGCUGGACAUCCUGAUCACCACGCUGAAGGACAGCGGCGCCUUCAACUGCGUGGCCUCCAACGCGGCCGGCAUCGCCACCGCGGCCGUGGAGGUGAACAUGAUCCCGCUGCCGCUCUUCGUCAACAACACGGGCCACAUGAGGGAGGCCGACCCGGGGCUCUCGGACAUCACCACGUCCACCAAAUCCGGCAGCAACGACACCAAACCGCAGAACAAGAGGGUGGUGGUGGAAAACCUCACCGCCAACUCGGCCGUCAUCCACUGGCCGUCCGAACGGCACAUUCCCGGGAUCAGGAUGUACCAGAUCCAGUACAACAGCACGGUGGACGACACCCUGGUGUACAGGAUGAUUCCCUCCGCCAGUAAGACGUUUAAGAUCAACGAUCUGGCGGCGGGUCGCGAGUACGAGCUGUGCGUGUUGGCGGUGUACGACGACGGCAUCACGUCUCUCACGGCCACGCGCGUGGUGGGCUGCGUCCAGUUCCACACGGGCGCGGAGGCGGGUCAGUGCCGCUUCAUCCCCAGCCAGUUCCUGGGCGGCACCAUGAUCAUCAUCAUCGGCGGGAUCAUCGUGGCGUCCGUCCUCGUCUUCAUCAUCAUCCUCAUGAUCCGCUACAAGGCGUACGGCGGGGCCGACGCGGCCAAAGCCAAAGCGCGAGGAGACGCCGGCGUGCACGCGCACUCGCAGACCAACGGGAGCCGCCCGGGACGGUCCGGCUCGAAGCAGGACGAGCGACCCGAGUCGCCCAAGGACUGCAAGGCGCUGGUGCUGCUGAAGAUGGAGGAGACGCAGGAGGAGCUGAAAGUCGAGCUCCCGCCCGUUUGCUCCGAGAAAGCGCCGCCGCCGUCGUCCCGGAGAGCCAGCCUGGGCGGGCCGCCGUCCGACGACACGCAGACGGACAGCAGCCUGACGGGCUCCACCAUGUCCCUGUGCCUGAUCGGGGCCGGCGCCGGCCCGGCCGAACCCCCUCGGAAGGGGCCGCUGGCCAACAUGGGGCUCCUGCCCAGCGAACUGGCCCGGACUCGGCAUCGCUUCUCCUUCGACGGAGACUAUGCUCUGUUCCAGAGCCACAGUUACCCGCGACGGGCUCGAACCCGCCGCCACAAAUCCACCACCCAGCUGAACACGGACGUGUCGCCGCCCUGCAGCCGGAGGGUGACGUUCAGCAGCACAGAGUGGAUGUUGGAGAGUACGGUCUGACGGACUUCACGUCUACACGUGCGUUCGGACCGUCUGCGUAUUGACGUUGUUGCAGUAACACACGCUCCGUUGAUUCCAGUGUCCGUUUUAACACGUAUAAAAACAUGACACAGCAGCUCUGCUGCCAAACCUAGUGAGCUGCCUACUUACACAGCAUCUAAGGACGCACUAAAGUGAUCAAAAGUGACAGUAUAGACAUUCAGAAAAAAAUAAAUCAAUGAGAAAUGUUUCUCAAGCAGCAGAUCGUCAUAUUAGAAUGAUUUCUGAAAGAUCACGUGAGUAAUGAUGCUGAAAAUUCAGCUUUGAUCACAAGAAUAAAUUACGUUUUAUCAUACAUUUACAUAGAAAACAGCUAGUUUAAAUUGUAAUAAUAUUUCACUGCAUUUUUGAUCAAAUAAACACAGGCUUGGUGAGCAGAAGAGACUACUUUAAGAUUUCAGCCCUAAAUAUUUGUAUUUUUCAUUUAUUAGUGGUUCUCAAAUGGUUUUACGUUAUGAUUUAAAUUUAUGUUUAUGCACUAAUAUUUUUAAUCAUGCAAAAUUGUAUUUGAAUGGUUUUAAGUCAAGUCGAGUUUUAUUGUCAUUCUGCUACGUGUGGACAUACAGUGGACGAGAUGUCGUGUCUCGUAGGACCACGGUGCUACAUACUAGUUAAACAUAAUAUAAACACAGCAGUACAAGAAUAAGAAAAGCAAUUAUAAACCCAUACAACAGUGAACCAUCUGACUAUACAUUUACUAUAAUAAAUAGUUGACUACACAUACACAAACUGAGACUACAAAAACUUUACAUAAGUACUGUACAUGAAGUUUUACAAAAGAGACAUUUGUACAUGAAAUUGUGCAAAAAAAAGAUGUUACAUGAGAUGCAAAAGAGAUAUUUUGUGCAUUAAAUUGUGCAGAAGAGAGAUUUUGAGGGAAGCAUAGUGCAAAAUGAUUCGUAGUGCAAUGCACAAAUAAACAUAUAUAUAUUUUAUUUUAGUAUAUUACACCAAAAUGCUGUUAUUAUUACAGUUUUAUAAAUGUUUUGAAUUGGCUUUUAAUUUUAUAUUUUCAGUUUUAAUUUUAGCUUCAUUUUUAGUAUUUUUUUUUUAUUAUUUUGUAAUUUUUUUUAAGUACUUCCACUUAUGGAAAUAUUGUUCGUUUUAAUUUUUUCACCACCUAAUAUUAAUAUUGUAUUUAUUUUAGCUUCAUUUCAAGUAACAAAAAUGUUUUAAUAUUUUUAUUUUUAAUAUUUUUUUGAUUUUGUAAUUUUUAUUCAAGUAUUUCUAUUUUUUAAGUACUCCUACUUAUUUGAGACAAAAUUUACCUUUUUCCCGACCAAUAUUUGUAUUUUAUUUAGUUUAGAUGUAGUUAUAUAUAAUUAUAUUAUUAUAUUAUAUAAUUAUAAUUUCAGUUUUAGUAAUUUCAGUACUUGAAAUUAUUUCAGGCAACAUUUAAUUAAAAAAAUACUGUUCUUUUUCAUUUUUUCACCACCUAAUAUUCAUACUGUAUUUAUUUUAGCUUCAUUUUAAUUAACAAAAAAUGUUUUAAUAUUUUUAUUAUUAGUUUUUUUUAUUUAGUAGUUUUUAUUCAUUUUUUUAAGUAUUUCUAUUUUUUUAAGUACUUCUACUUAUUUGAGGCAACAUUUACCUUUUUUUUUUCUCCGACCAAAAUUUGUGUUUCAUUUAGUUUAGAUUUAGUUAUAUAUAAUUAUAUUAUUACAUUAUAUUAUAUAAUUUUAAUUUCAGUUUUAGUUUUAUUUCAGUUAUUUUAGUACUUGAACUUAUUUCAGGCAACAUUUAAAAAUUGUUCAUUUUAUUUUUUUCACCACCUAAUAUUCAUAUUGUAUUUUAUUUCAGCUUUAUUUCAAUUAACAAAAAAUGAUAAUAAUUAUAUUAUUAUAUUCUACAAUUAUAAUUUCAGUUGUAGUAAUUUCAGUACUUGAAAUUAUUUCAGGCAACAUUUAGUUAAAAAAAUAUUGUUCGUUUUCAUUUUUUCACCACCUAAUAUUCAUACUGUAUUUAUUUUAGCUUCGUUUCAAGUAACAAAAAAUGUUUUCACAUUUUUAUUUCCAGUAUAUUUAUGGCAAAUUAUGACGAAAUGGUCAAAAUCAGAUCAAUUUAAUUCAAACAUCAAAAUGCUGUUUGAAUGGACAUAUCGUUGACAUGACCUUUGACCUCAACAACAUAUAGAAAGUGUUUCGUCAUUUGACUGUCCUAAGUAUUUAUAAUGAGUUGCAUUUUAUUUUUUGCAUAAAUCUAGUUCACAACCAUUUGAGAAUCACUGUUUUGUUAACCUCCAACAUGCAAACAUCAAAUCAGUGUUGUACGUGGAGAGUGUUUCAAAUCCCUAUGUAGGCGGCUCACUAGGGUUCAAAACAGCGCUGAUGUCUGUUGUCAUUUGAUAGAGCACAGUCUGACCCGUCCUGCCUCCUCCCGCGGUCCUAAAGAGAGUCCGUAACGCAGCGGUGCCUUAUCUAACGACCAACCGACGGAGGAUGCUGCUAUCUGAGGUCACAAACACACCCGUCCCGUCCCGUCCCAUCCCGUCCGCACAGGUCUCUUUGGUUAGUCUUUUUGUUUACUAUGUGAUGCCAAGGGUGCAGAAGGAGGAGGAAGUGACGUCCAGGUGAGCGCUGUGUGUGAAUGUGUAUAUGUCCAAUACUUUUCAAAGACUUUUGCACAGAAGACACGAGAUGUAUACGGAUACGUAUCGCACCAGUCUAUACAACAAUAAAAAAACGAUUACGAAAUAGAUCUAUACAAAUAACAUCUGCUUUUUCAGGAAGAACGGACCAGGUUUUCUACAAAAUUCGAGGACGAUUUGCAGCUGGAUGGACUGUUUAUGAACCGCUAUUGUGCUGAUGUGACUGUAUCCAAAAAUCGGUUUUGUAUCUGGCUGGUCUAGAUAAAAAAUAAUGAUUAAAAAAAAAACAAAAGAAAUAAGACCAUUAUCGACAGCAACGACAAAUACAUAUAUAAGUAUAUUAAAAUCUCUCGGUGUAUGUGUUCUGAAUAUGUAAGUCAUAGGUGACAUGACUUUUUACGAAACAUUUUGGAGUGCUGGCGUACGGUUUUUACAUUAAAAACCACUGUCAUCAGCGAUCCCCACAGUUAGCGUAUUCAAGUUUGGACCAUUUAUGCCUCACGAAAAGGGGAUUAAAUUUUUUGUGUGGGUUGACUGUACGAGGUGUUUCUGUCUUUUCUUCUUGCACAUUUUCCUCUCACGUUUCUCUCGCAUGCUCAGCGUGUCAGUAAUGAUGGGAUGCGGCAAUCGAACAAAAAUACCUUGUCUAAUUAUGGUUUCUCAAUGAUUUCGGAUGUUAUUUUGGGAGGCUUUAUACAAACACGCCUUUAUUCUCAGAUUCAGUGUACAGUGGGUCUGCGGUGAGCAAAAUGCAUUCAUUUUAUGAAAUACUUUUGCCAGUUUAUGUAA